GCUCCUUCUUCUUCUUCCGCGCCAGGUCACAAUGUCUUCCUCUCACCUUGUCGAAUCCAUCAAACCCUUCUCCCUUUCCUCUCUGCUCGUCUCUGCGACCACGCCUCGAUGUCUUGCUGAGAAAUCGACCAUGAAUCGCAUCCUUCAAUCCAGUCGCUCUUUUCGGAAGCCAUUGAUGGCUGCCUUGCUGUUUUCUUGCCUGUUUCUUGCACUCCCCUUUGGUUCCUUUGCUGCAUCUGGUGGUAGGAUGGGUGGGAGCUUUUUCCCCCUUCCUCCUCCUCUUCCUUCUUCUCCUAUUCCUUCUUCACUGGAUUGUUCUUGUUCUUAUCAUUCCUGUUCUUCCCGUUCAUGGAAUCAUUGCUGUUCUUGCUCUCGAUCACGGAGUCGAUCCUGUUCUUCCUCUCCUGAAACAUCUAAACCACGGGAUUCCUCUCGUGAAACUUCUAAGCCAUUAGAUUUCGAUUGGGCAUUAUUGGUAGUGCCCCUAAUUGCAGCUGUUGCUCUUGUUGCUGGUAUUUUCAUCAAGGAGAGGCGGGAUAGUAUGAUUCACGUUCAUAAGAUUCAGGUUGGUUUAUUUUGUCCGGCACGAUCAAUUCGAAGGAAGCUCAACCUGAUUGCUGAAACUGCUGACACAUCUAAUAAAAUUGGCUUGAAAACCAUCUUGACGGAGAGUUCUAUGGUUUUACUCCGACUAUUGGAUUACUGCAUUUAUGCUCACUCAUCUGUGGAUUCUAAGCGAACUAACGAGGGUGCAGAGAUAUCUUUCAGUAAACAUUCAAUUGAGGAACGAGUGAAAUUGAAUGAAGAGACUCUUGUUAAUUUCAAUAACUUCAAAAAACAUAUACUUCUCAAUGAAACAACAAAUGGCAAAAAAACAAAUGAUCUGAAAGAGUACACAGUGGUAACAAUUCUGGUAGUUGUCGUGGGAUCUUGGAAGCUACCUGUUCUCAACAAUAUCUUCGACUUGGAAGACGCCUUAAACAAGUUGUCUGCUAUUCCAAUCAGCCAAACUCUGGCUGCUGAGGUAAUAUGGACUCCCCAAAGUGAGAAUGACACACUAUCGGAGUUAGAAUUGCUCAAGAACUAUCGACUUUUGAAACCUCUAGAGAAGGGAUACACAGUGCUGACAAAAGAUGGCCCCAUUUUAACAUACAAUUAGUCUUUAAUCCUGAUUAAGAACAGAAAAUGAUUUAAGUAAAUAUCUAGAUUUUUUCUUUUUGAGUUACAGUCUGCAAACACAGUAAACUUCAAAACAUAUUUUUGUUCAUAUUGUAUCUGAAUUUUUGUUUUUCUGUUAAGCUUAGUUUUGUCAUUUGUACUCAGAUUCUUAUAACCUUGGUACAUUUAAUUGGAUUGAUGGAUGCCUCCUUCUCGGAGAUAAUCCUGAUUGCAUCUUCUUCCAAGAAAUCAAGCAGUCGGCUCUCAGUCCCCGCUCAUCAUCCUCCAUUC